CUUUCAUAAUCCUCGUAACGAGCGAUAACAUCAGACAAUGGACAACAUACAAAAUAAAACAGCAAUAGUUACAGGCGCUGGAUCCGGCAUUGGCUACCAUAUUACCAAAGAAUUAUUGAGCAAUGGCGCGAAGAAAGUCGCCAUCCUCGAUUUGCCGAUAGUACGUAGUUAUGAAGCGACAGUGAGUCUGCAAGAAAAAUUUGGAAAAGACCGUGUUAUUUUCUUUCCGAUUGAUCUGACCAACUUGGAAGUAUUCAAUGAAACCUUCAAGCACGUUGUUAAAGCUCUCAAUGGACUUGAUAUACUUGUUAACAAUGCCGGAAUAAGUCAUGACCGUUGUGUCGAACAAAUGUAUGCUAUUAAUGUUGUAGCACUAAUUCGCGGCUCGAUGUUAGGCAUAAAUUAUAUGGGCAAACAUAAAGGUGGCAAAGGAGGUACUAUAGUAAAUAUAGCUUCCAUAACUGGUAUAAUUUCUUAUCCUUUAAGUUCGGUGUACGGUUCCACUAAAGCUGCUGUCAUAGGAUUUAGUCUCAAUCUCGAGAAAUUUUAUGAUAAAACGGGAGUUCGUAUUCUAACAAUAUGUCCUGCUGUGACAAUAACGCCAAUGUUGACUACCAGGAAUAAAUACAAAUCUCUUGAUAUUGUCGACGAUGAUAUUGUUAAAAAUUUGGUGGACAAUGAAUAUUUGGUGCCACAAUCUGCUGCGCAUGUGGGACAAUCUGUAGUCGUGACUAUUCAAAAGGGUGAAAAUGGAUUAAUUUGGGUUAUUAAAGAAAAUAAGCCACCUUACCCGGUCAAAUUACCAUUAUAUAUCACCGAUCAUCAGACAAUGGACAACGUACAAAAUAAAACAGCGAUAGUUACAGGCGCCGGGUCCGGCAUUGGCUACCAUAUUACCGAAGAAUUAUUGAGCCAAGGCGCGAAGACAGUCGCCAUCCUCGAUUUGCCGAUAGUACGUAGUUAUGAAGCGACAGUGAGUCUGCAAGAAAAAUUUGGAAAAGACCGUGUUAUUCUCUUUCCGAUUGAUCUGACAAACUUGGAACUGUUCAAUGAAACCUUCAAGAACGUUGUUAAAGCUCUCAAUGGACUUGAUAUACUUGUUAACAAUGCCGGAAUAUGUCAUGACUGUUGUGUCGAGCAAAUGUAUGCUAUUAAUGUUGUAGCACUAAUUCGCGGGUCGAUGUUGGGCAUAAAUUACAUGGGCAAACAUAAAGGUGGCAAAGGAGGUACUAUAGUAAAUAUAGCGUCCGCAGGUGGUAUUAUUUCUUACCCUAUACGUCCGGUGUGCGGUUCCAGUAAAGCUGCUGUCGUAGGAUUUAGCCUCAAUCUCGAGAAAUUUUAUGAUAAAACGGGAGUUCGUAUUCUAACAAUAUGUCCUGCUGUGACAAUAACGCCAAUGAUAACUACCAAGAAUGAAUACAAAUCUCUUGAUAUUGUCGACGAUGAUAUUGUUAAAAAUUGGAUGGACAAUGAAUAUUUGGUGCCUCAAUCUGCUGCACAUGUGGGACAAUCUGUAGUCGUGACUAUUCAAAAGGGUGAAAAUGGAUCAAUUUGGGUUAUUAAAGAAAAUAAGCCACCUUACUCGGUUAAAUUACCAUUAUAUAUCACCGAUUAAAUGUGAAAAAUUCUUCAAACACGUCGAAGACUUUACUUGAUCAAGUGUAUAUACCAAAAUGAGAAAAAAAAACUAUAUUUGAAUUACGAAAUAAUGUGUUUAUAAUUCCGUUAAAAUUGUAACUUGUUCAGUUCCUGCUUGUAACGCAAUGGGAGAAAGAAAUCAACUUUCUCUGUAUGUAGCAGUGAAAAAUGAUAUUAACAUAAGGUGUGAAAAUAAAGAUUGAUUUACUAUUACA